ACGUUUCAGCCUGCCGAUCCAGAUCGGUCAUAGGCAUACGAUUGGGAUCAAUGUGAUUGUCCCCUCGGCAAGAAGCGCCGUUCGUAUCUCCCCUUCUUCACAGCUUGACAUUUGCCUAUUCACAUCGCGUCGUAGCAUUUUACCUGUCGGUGGCCCCAUUCUCAUCCGUUUCUGCCGAAGACGCUUGUCACUGCUCCCAAGUCCCGUUUGACCAUUCCCCAGUGACACUGGGCAAUUGCAAAACAUGACGGGCGCCGACCCCGUCUCAGUGCAAGCACUUGAAGCCGAUUCGGACUUUUCCGACGCAGACUCUGCAAUCCAGUCCCUCGCGAGCUCAUCUGCGUCGAUCACGUCGAGCAUUCUGCGAAGUCGGGAGGAGAACGGACGCACAUAUCAUGCAUUCCGUGAAGGAAAAUAUGUCUUACCAAAUGAUGAGGGUGAAAAUGAACGUCUUGACCUCCAACAUCACCUCUACACAUUGACCUUCGACGGCAAGCUUUUUACAUGCCCUGCAGGCCGGGACAAGCCCAUUGUGCAGGCUCUUGAUGCUGGCACCGGCACAGGAAUCUGGGCCAUGGAUUUCGCCGAUGAUCAUCCAGAAACGAAGGUUGUUGGCGUCGAUCUCAGCCCAAUCCAACCGGACUUUGUGCCUCCCAACGUUACAUUCUACAUCGAUGACAUCGAAGACCGAUGGACAUUCUCAACCGGUUUCGACUUCAUUUACUCUCGUAUGCUCACUGCGUCUAUCAAGGACUGGCCAUCAUACAUCCAGCAAUGCUACGAUAACCUGGAACCCGGCGGCUGGCUUGAGAUAUCCGAUAUUCUUCUUGACCUGAAGAGUGACGAUGGCACCGUCUCUCCUACGUCCCCUGCGGCGCAAUGGGGCAGAUAUAUGCUCGAGGCGGCAGCCAAAUUUGGCCGUCCUUUAGACAGCGCAUUAUUCUUAAAGCAACAACUAGCUGACGCAGGAUUCACGAAUGUUGUUGAGACGAUAUACAAGUGGCCCUCAAAUUCGUGGCCUAAGGACCCAAAGUUCAAGGAGCUGGGUCAGUCUACCAUUUAA